AUGUUUGUUCAGGUUACGGAUUUGCACUGGAAUCCUUUUGAUGAUGAGCAACUCGCAGUGGGAACAGAUGUUGGGCUUAUCAAUUUCUGGCGUCUAACGAGGGACGAUGGACCAAGGAAUGAGAUGCAUCCCGAGAAGGUGUUGAAUGCUGGAGGCGAAAAGAUUUUAUGCUUCCAAUGGCACCCGAUGGCUUCUGACUUACUCGCUGUGGCUCUAUCAGACAAUUCUAUAGAAAUAUGGGAGUCGAAAACCUUGACGCGGAGAAGAAGGAUAGUCUCGCAUUCUGCAGCUGUAAUGGCGUUGGGAUGGAGUUCGGAUGGGCAUCGGCUAGUGUCAGUAGGCAAAGAUCUCAUGUUGAAUGUGCACCAACCGCAACUUGGCGAUGACUGUUUGCUGGCUCAGAGAAAGGUUCUUGAUCGGGCGCAUUCUGGGCGUGUUCUUUAUGCAUGUGAUGAUCGGCUCAUUAUCGUUGUAGGAAUGACCAGGAGUUCUUCACGUCAGGUGCAAUUGUUUGAUGCCUCGUCUUUGGAAGAGAUUUACACUCAGCAAAUCGACAGCGGCACCCAACCCCUCGUUCCUCAUUACGACUAUGAUUCAUCUGUGCUAUUCCUCANCAGCAAAUCGACAGCGGCACCCAACCCCUCGUUCCUCAUUACGACUAUGAUUCAUCUGUGCUAUUCCUCAGCGCCAAGGUGUGAUGUCAUGGCUGUUGAGUUCCAACGGGCUUGGCGACUGACAGAGAGAACUUUGGAACAAGUUAUAUUCAGAGUGCCGAGAGUCAAGAAAGACGUCUUUCAAUCAGAUCUAUUUCCUGAUGCUCUUGUUACGUGGCGACCAGUUAUGACGGCAGAGGAAUGGUUAGCUGGUAGCUCGAAAACGCCGCUGUUUGAAAGUCUGAUGCCGGAAGGGGUCAGCGCUUUAGCAAAGCCAGUAGCGUACGUGACUCCGUCUCGUGCUCCCCCGAAGCCCGCAGUUUCCGGCCUAGAACAUGCCCAUGAACCGAAGGUUGAACCAAAUCGGAAGGAAGUACAAAACAGCUGGUCAUCUAAAAUACUGGAAGACCGCACUCUAGAGCAGGAUGAAAUGGAAGGUGUUUCUGAGGAAGAGUGGACCGAAGCACUAUAA